AUGGAAAAAUAACCCCAAAAUAACAAAGAAAAGAUGUCGACAAAUCACCAACGCAACCUGGAAUUAACAGCGCGUUGGAACAGCUGGCAAGUGACGGACGCGAGAAGAGGAAGAAGAAGAAGAGGAAAAAGAUAUCAGCCAAUAUGGGGGUGCAGAAGGGGAAGCAGGGGACGAAGGGCACCAAGCAGAUCAUGCAGGAGAACACAGACACCCUCGCCUUCUACAGGAACAUGAUCUUUGUAUCCUGUGGUAUUUACUUCGGCACUGGAAUGAUCUUUUUCUCUGGCUUCCCUACGAUGGAUUUGACGCUGGUGGUGAUGGUGGUGAUGGUCCUGGCCGGCUGCUACCACUUCAUGUCCAGUAUGGCCAAACCUAAGUUGGCCGCUGAUGGUUCUGUCCUGGAUGAAGGCUGUGAUCUCAACAUUGAAGGAGGCAUUGCUGAACACGUGAAGGACCUGGUGAUUCUGACGUCAGGAACGCUGGUGCUGGCUACGAUCUCCUCCUAUUUCUGGCUCUUAUGGCUCCUGGCCCCUUGUCGUGGCGCUCAGAUGCUGUGGACCAAUAUUCUCGGUCCAUGGUUCUUCCAGGAGGCCGAACCACAGCCGGAGGAACGCGUGGUGGACAAGAAGCAGCGGAAGAUGGAACGCCGAAACAAAUAUCGUUAAUGUUUUGUUCUGUUUUCUUCCGUUUUGUUCAUUUUUUGUAGCGUUGGGUUCUGUGUGUUUGUGUGUGUAUGUGUGUGUGUUUGUGUGUGUGUUUUUGGGUGCUUCUCUCUCGUUCUAGGGAUUGUUAGGUUUGGUUUUGGUUGUGUGUGUGUGUGUGUGUGUGUGUGUGUGUGUGUGUGUGUGUGUGUGAACGAAGUGCUUUUUCUACCUGUGUUCAAAAAUUUGUCAUUCAUGUCACAAAUGCAUCUCAUUAAUUAACCUGUGUGUGUGUGUGUGUGUGUGUGUGUGUGUGUGUGUGUGUGUGUGUGUGUGUGUGUGUGUGCAUUAUCAUUGUUACAGUAAUAGCUUGUUCAGUGUUAUGUGUUCAGACCUGUGUGUGUGUGUGUGUGUGUGUGUGUGUGUGUGUGUGUGUGUGUGUGUGUGUGUGUGUGUGUGUGUGUGUGUGUGUGUCAUGAUUCACAACUAACAACCACAACAAAAGACUAAUCACUUUUUUACCCUUUGAUCUUCCAUGACAAGUUAACAAGUGUAAAUAACAUGAUUCCCUCUAACCCUUUGAUUCCUAACUGCUGACAACCUUGAAUGAAUGCCUUGAAUGAUUUAUCCUUUUAUUUGAUUCCCUGUUAACAAGUCUAAUUCAUGGCUGUAAUCCUUAUGACACAAAAACAACAGUGAUUUCAACCCUUUUUCGUUCAUUCACCUUUUUAUUUAUUUAAUGAGUAACAGGUGUGAAUCUUGAGUUGGCACCUGUGCUUCUCUCACCCCCGUCUGUCAUGGUAUGGUAGUUUAAAUUCUCUAAGUACUUAAACAAAGACAAGGACAAUCUACUGUAUUUUUAUUUUUCUUUGAGUUUUUGCUGUAUUUUCAAGAGAUAAGGUGUGCGUGUAUGUGUGUACGUGUGUGUGUGUUAACGGCGAUCUUAAGAACACAAGGGUUGGUGCAGGAAGCCAUCAGGCCUACACGUGGCAGCCCCUUGUACAAAUUGCACCUGUCUAUUACCACCUGUCAUCCCUAUUUAAACUUACCUAAUCAUUUAAACACCCUUAUUGACUUGCCGCUAAUUAUACCUGCUUGUUCCUACCUGUCACACCUAUUUAAACUUACCUAACCAUUUAAACCUCCCCUAUUUGACAGCAUUACUAAUUAAACCUGUUGAAUUUUGAGUCCAUUCCAGUCAUUCACCCACCUCCUGUUCACCCUGUGUGUGUUUGUGUGUGUGUUUACAUUACUGUGUUCUAUAAGACUUGUGUUGUCUUUUUGAUGGUGUGAGGAAAUGGUUUGUUAAAUUUCUAGCCUUAAUUUUCAUUGUUUUGGGUUUUGAUUUGUACAAUAAAAAGGUGAAAAAUGA